GAACAUGAUGUUUUUUUAAGGGUUUGUUGCGAAUAAUUACAUCCCUCACUACCAUCCUUGGCUCCUUUUCAAGGGGGAAAUAGAUCAAGGAGGUUCUGCAGAAGGCAACUCGGCAACCUCUAACUUUUAGGGAAGAUCCUCAUGCUGCGCUUGUAGUUUCCUCUCCUGAACUACGCCAAAAACGCUUCGAUGAGAACAGCAAGAACACCAACAUCAAUACCAGGCGGGAGCAGGCGAGUAGAAUAUCUUACAGAUCUUUCCCUGUAUGCCAACUAGGAGACUUAGAGCCGUGGAGUUUGCGGGAUGCUGGCUCUCCAUGUCACCUUGGUCAACGCUCUACCUUCUGGCGCCGUCAGGCAGUCGCACAUUGCCGCUCUCCUUCGGUAGUGUUGUUUCUUAUGGCGUUACUGCUCUAUCUGGUUCAGGAUCUGCAUCUUCUGGUUCUGGUGAGACUGCGACUGAGUGUUUGAACUUGGAGAUGCAACCGUACAGGUGUUGCUUUGAAUGUCCUCUGUUCAUAAAUAGAGUCUCUUCAUCUAGAUGAACGAGAAGUUGGAGUAGCCGUCUAACUUUCGCACACCACCCCAGCGUGAAGCAAAAGCCGCAGAGCAGCAAGCUGAAAGUGAGGAAGCAAAAGCAAAAGCUGAGCUACUCCGGCUCGGCGAUAACAUGUUCAAACACGAAGACAGGGACCAAAGCCUACUUCUCCAGCAAGACCACUUGCGACGCCAAGAGCGGCAAGAGGAAUUAGCGCUGUAUUUGCUGUCUGGUGCAGCUCUUUCUGAGUCCCUUAAGGAAGAUCUUCUCGAAGUCGAAUCCCCAACUGCUGUCCUCGUCGAGGAGCAUCCACCUUUAGCGCAAGUACACCAAGAGACCUGUCCGUGUACCGGUGCAGACUUUUUCUGCGCAGAGGGUUUUUAUCGGCGAGGACAGGAAUGCGUAGCAACAAACUCGAAGGACGCUCCGGACGUGAUCGAUGUCAAUAUACGAUGCAGUAAAUUGCCUUGGUGGUAUGGCUGCUGGACGUACACGUUACUUGGUUAGACCUGUUGUCCUAGAAAGUGAAUGAACAGGAAGGAGUUGAGGUAGAAAUGACCAUGAAUACGAUCGCGGUCCUCCUGCUCCUUCUAAUCCUACUCGAAAACUGAAAAUAACCGAGUUACUGACUGAAAUAAGGGAGGUAGCUUAACAUCAAGGCUACUCUUCCUUCUCGUCAGUAUCUCGGUUGUUCUGCUCAGUUACUUGCUUAUUACAUACGGAUCGAGCGAUUGCAUGCGGAACAGUCACUCUUUCUGUUCAUAAGCUUAUUUCAGUUUUUCGAAUAAUCCUCAGAUCUUCAGGCUGAAUCCUCAUAGCUUCAAGCUGAUGAUGAUCCUAAUCCUCAUUCUAUCCCGACUACUUCUAAUAGAAGCAGCAAGGCUUCAUCGUGUCCCAGGGUUACGAAGGUAUGCCAGGGAAUAGCUGUGUCGAUCAGGCACUAGUACAACAUACUAGCGUCAAGGUCAACAAAAACAACAACACUCGUUCUUGGAGUCGUUUUGCGCCAUAUCGAGUGACCUGCGUAGAGCACAAUGUCGAACAUUGGCUAGCCCAGACCCUGUACUACCGAUUCAUCUACUCACUGGUGCUUGAGAUUAUGGCCUGUGCUUGUACUUCUAGUUUGUUGUAGUUUUCUUCUUCACGACUGCCACUACAACUAGGUGGAUAUUAGGGAAGAGGAUUAUUUUGAUACUGACUAGGCUCCGCUGCAACUGACUCCAUGUUCAUGAGAAUGAGUACAUAAGUAUUGCGCAGAAGCUGUUACAAUUCUAAUACCAGUUGCAGAAGGAGAACACAGUCACACGCGUCAGCAGGUCCCAUUCCAUCGAAAAUUGACGUAGUACACGAGUGCAUGAAACACCCAGCUCAAAUAUGGUCCUGGAUUGGUGCUUGCGCUUCUCUUCUUGUCUUUCUAACGAUGGGCACAGUGUAUGCCUUGUGGCGUGCGUAUGUCUUUGUGGACUGGGGAAUCUCAGUUGUGGUACGGGAAGUGGGUUUUCAGUUUUUGCAUCUACAGGAUGAGCUUGCUUAUCUUUGGAAGAAGAAGGACAAAGGGGGACCACGUCGGAGGAAAUAUUCCUACGAUGCAGAGGACGACGCAGAUUUCGAGGAUGAAAGAGAACAGCUUCUAAACUACACUGUGCAACGUAGAACUAGAGGGGGAAAUAAUGAUAAUUCUUCUAGAAUGUUCUCGAAACGCGAACAACAGGAAGGAGCUGCGCGAGGUCAUAGUACAAGAUUACGAGCAGAGCAACGGAAGAGAAGAGCUUCACCUUCUAGGCUUUGUGCACAUCAGAGACCAACGGAGGAGGAGGAAACUGCUGUUGAUGAAACGCGUCCAGCAGUACCUCGAAGCAGGAUGCUGCUAACGGAUAAUCACCGUAGUAGUAACGACUUGUUCUCCCGCAAGAGGACUGACACAGGAGGAAGUAGUGCCAAAACAAGAGUACUAGAUGUUGAGCAUGACGAUCAUGAUGAGCAGGGAAGAAGUAAUUCACUACCAAGUAGUUCUACUUCGACUGCUUCAUCCUCGUCCUCUAUCAUAGGAAGAAAUUCCAGCGUCACCAGUAGUUGUGGAUCCGCAUCGCCAUCGACUCCAUACGACCUAAACAAGAAUCAUAGUAGAAAGACAUCUUCAUCUACAUCAUCAUGGAUGAAUCAAGAAGAGGAAGAAAACAAGAAGAUCAAUCUCUUCACCACAACGAUUGAGAUUCCUCCUCUUCUGGGAGUUUCCUCGAACAAGGGGAGAUCGGGGGAAGAAGCCGAUCAUGAUCAUGGAGGACAUGGUCAUGGUCAUGAUCAUCUACGGAGCGCUGGGGAUGGACAUGGAGAAGGACAUGGUCAUGGAGAUGGCAGACUAUUGCAAGAAGCAGAUGGCAGACUAUUGAGCAUGGGAAGUGAUGACUCAACCACUUCGUCAGCGUCUGCCUCAGCCGCAUCGUCCUCAACAUCAAGUCCGCGUUCCUACUUUGGAACUGACAUAUUUUCGUUUUGAGUUGUUGACUCGAUCCUAUUCCAAGAAGUUGGGCCAGAGGCAGAUGAGGACAUGAUGAUGAAUCAUGAGGUUUCGGCUUAUUCUUGUUGUUAGUCUAAUAUUAACAAUAACAAGAAGUGUACGUCGAGGACUAGGACUAAGUAAUGUGAAGUUCAUGUACUACCAUGAUCAAAUCUAAUGAAUAUACUUUAAGUACUUAGCUGAAUGUUGUAGCAAUUCCAGUUUCAAAAGUUGCUGAUACGAACUCUAGCAAAUUUACAACGCAAAUACAAAGCCAUGCCAUCACGUCAUAAUUCUAGGCUUGUUCUUUUCUUCUGCACAGUUUGAGCCGUACUAGGCCUGACGUGGAGCACUUCUUAGAUACAUAUGGUCUAUUGCCGGCACCUCUUUGUUAUUUUACAGUUGAUGUACAGAAUUCUAACGAAGUAAAAUCACAUGAUUGCUGCCUUGGGUAGGCGCGGGGAGGAGGACGCCAAGGAUUACACUGUCCACUAAAAAUGUAUAUGAAAGACGAGAUGCAAUGCAAAUAGUAUUUUUAGCAGAUUAAUAACUUGCUGGUGCAUCAACGCGGUCGCGG